AUGAAGUUUCUUGCCAGUCUCGUCCACGCCGCCGUUGCGUCCCAAGUUGUGUUUGACAGCCACAGCCCCCCCGACAAGGAUGGCGAGUUCGCUAUCAUCUCGAGAAAUCGCGGCGCUGCUGUGCGAUUUCGCAGCCCCUCGGCCGCGGACAACGCGUGCGGCCCAGAGGGACUCACCAUCGACACUGUCAACUUUAUGAUGGACACGUCGAAGGUGGCCGGUGAUACGUCGCUGCUGGUCAACUUCUGCCCUUCUGUCAACGGCAAGCCUUACUGCACCAAGUCGGGCCAGCCUGCCCGCAUCCCCAUUAAGAACAUCGACAAGCGAGCCAAGUUUCAAUGGUCCCCUCCCUCAUCGAUCGUCCUACCAACUUCAUCCUACUACUGGUUCACCAUCUUCUCGAGCGCGGAGGCUGAUUACCAGGCGCCAUUUUGGUUGGCAGGUACCAAGGAGUAUAGCACCGUCAGCGACCCAAAUGACGACGUCAUCACUGCGUUCACCGUGAACAAAGACGGUCCCUGGGAAGUAGUUAACAACCGCCACCUCCCGGAAAACCGCGUUGUUGGUUGUCUGCAAGUGAACACCAAGUAA